AUGGCUCUUCAAAAGCGAAAGCGGGACGACGACCGCCAUUCUCGUCCAUCGCCGCAUCGCCCACAAAACCUCGGGCUUGCACAGCACGGCCAACAGACUAAUAGCCCGCGUAGCGGUGGAAACGGGGGUCCUGCGGGUUAUGGAGGUGCUGGCGCUGGCGGCGGCGGUGGUGGUGGUAGACGUCAGAGCAGAAAUGGCGGACGUGGUGGCUCCAUGGUGCCUCAGAGCCCCGUCGUCAGUCACACAUCGCCAAGUGCAAUGUCUACGCCUCCGAAUCCAUUCCAGUCAGGGCGGCCAGCACAAGCGGCUUCUUCUGCCCCUGCGCCGCCGCAACAGCUAUCGAGGCCUUCCACACCACGCCAUGUGCCAGAGAGCAUCUAUGAACCAACUGCUCGGUGCGGACGACCUGGGGUCUCUUGUGCGCGAGAUUGUCGCUGCGCCCACCCAUGA